AAGAGGAAGAAGUAUUUGGUCACCUUUGAAGCAUUUAUUGCUCUCUGUUAGGUAUAAAAAGGAAGCCUAGACCUGGGUAACAUCACAGUAGGGUGUUAACAACCCAAAGAAGUCCUGUUUCAGAGAGACUAAGAUCUGAACGCAAUGAGGCUGCACUUCCUGGCUGCUGUUCUCCUCUUCUGUCUUCUAGCCCUGGAGAAGUCCAGAGCAGCUCCAUUACCAGCAGAGGAAAGUAAAGAAGACAGAGAUAAAGAAAAUGCAGGUGAUGAAAAUGAUGAUGACAUAGAUGCCAAUGCUGACAAAAAGGGUGAUGAGGCAGAUGAUGAUUUACAUGAACAAGUAAGAAGACUUCAUAAAAAUGUCAGCAAUGAAUCAGACAAUGAAUUAGAUGACAAAAAUGACAAAGAUGGUGAUGAUUCAGAUGACGAUUCAGAUGAGCACAAAAGAAGACCACGCAGAGCUAUCAGCAAUGAAUCAGAUGACAGCGAUGAAUCGGACGACAGCAGUAACAAAUAUCAUGACGAUUCUGAUGAGCACAAAAGAAGACCAUACAGCGAUAUCAGCAAUGAGUCCAAAGACAGCAAUGGCUCAGAGGACAGCAAUUACAAAGAUGGUGAUGAUUCUGAUGAUGAUUCAAAAGAAGGCAAAAGAAGACCACGCAGAGAUGAAAGAAAUGAAUCAGCAAACAGCAAUGAAUCAGACGACAGCAAUGACAAAGAUGAUGAUGAUUCAAAAGAGGACAAAAGAAGACCACGCAGAGAUGUCAGCACUGAAUCAGACGACAACACUGACAAUGAUGGUGAUGAUUCAGAUGAUGAUUCAAAAGAGGAGAAAAGAAGACCACGCAGAGAUGUCAGCACUGAAUCAGACGACAACACUGACAAUGAUGGUGAUGAUUCAGAUGAUGAUUCAAAAGAGGACAAAAGAAGACCACGCAGAGAUGUCAGCACUGAAUCAGACGACAACACUGACAAUGAUGGUGAUGAUUUAGACGAUGAUUCAAAAGAGGACAAAAGAAGACCACGCAGAGAUGUCAGCACUGAAUCAGAUGACAACACUGACAAUGAUGACGAUGAUUCAAAAGAGGACAAAAGAAGACCACGCAGAGAUGUCAGCACUGAAUCAGAUGACAGCACUGACAAUGAUGGUGAUGAUUCAGAUGAUGAUUCAAAAGAGGAGAAAAGAAGACCACGCAGAGAUGUCAGCACUGAAUCAGACGACAACACUGACAAUGAUGGUGAUGAUUUAGACGAUGAUUCAAAAGAGGACAAAAGAAGACCACGCAGAGAUGUCAGCACUGAAUCAGAUGACAGCACUGACAAUGAUGGUGAUGAUUCAGAUGAUGAUUCAAAAGAGGAGAAAAGAAGACCACGCAGAGAUGUCAGCAAUGAAUCAGACGACAGCAAUGAGUUAGACGACAGCAAUGGCAAAGAUGGUGAUGAUUCGGAAGAGGACAAAAGAAGACCGCGCAGAGAUGUCAGCAAUGAAUCAGAUGACAGCAAUGACAAAGCCAGUGAUGAUUCUGAUGAUGAUUCAAAAAAGGACAAAAGAAGACCGCGCAGAGAUGUCAGCAAUGAAUCAGAUGACAGCAAUGAAUCGGAUGACAGCAGUAACAAAGACAAUGAUGAUUCAAAAGAGGACUAAAGACGACCAUGCAGAGAUGUCAGCAAUGCAUGAGAUGACAUCAAUGACGAAGAUAGCAAUGAUUCAGAUGAUGAAUCAAAUAAGCACAACAGGAUAUCCUACAGAAAUGGCAGCAAUGAAUCAGAUCAUGAGGGAGAUUAUUAAGAUG